AUGGAGGAGCGAAAACUAUGGAUUGAUGUUCUAAGUGACAACCGAAACCCUGCUAAAGGUCUUGCAAUGGAGUAUGUAGCACCAAAUAUUGGCAAUGAUACAAUGGAGAUUAAAAUCGAGCAAGACUACAUUGAAUCGGAGAUGUGGUUUUGGGAUAAUACUCUGAUCCUUUAUGUUAUGGGAGAAGAUCUAAGCAUGAACACGGUGAAGAAUUUCAUGUAG